AUGAGCGGAAACUACUAUCAUCAGCAGCCGGAAUACCAAGGUGGCGGUUACCAGCAGGGCGGUUACCCUCAGGGUGGCUAUCAGGGCAGCCAUCAGCAGGGUGGUGAUUACCAGCAGAGACCACCAGCCGACUAUCAACAACAAGGCUAUCAACAAAAUAACUACCAGAACUAUCAGUCUGGACCUCCUCAACACCAGCAAUCUCACAGUCCCUAUCCGCCCCAGGACAGAGCAUUUGAACCUUCUCCAAGCCCACACCCAAGCUACCAUCAACAAGAGCCAUCUCCCUACCAGCAGCCCCCUCAGAGUUUCAACCAACAGGGAGGAGGAGAAGCUUCAAACUACUACGCAAUGUCAAACGCGCAGCACCAAGGCCAGGGUCAGCCAGAUGCCUUUACACCUCAACACCAACCCGGUGGCCAGUUCGAAGGCCAAGUCCCUGGUGAAGCAGGUGACGGCGAGCGAGGCCUGACCGGUGCUUUAGCCGGAGGUGCCGCUGGUGCAUUCGGCGGCAACAAGAUAGGAGGAAGCAAGACCUCUACUGUCGCUGGUGCUCUCCUCGGUGCAUUCAUCGGCCACAAGGGACAAGAUUGGAGACGUGACCACAAGGAGGAGAAGAAGGAAGAGGAGCGUCGAGAGGAGGAGGAGGAGGAAGCGAUGAAGAAGAAACAUACUGCCGAGAUGGAGGGCUGGGGUAAGAGCAGAUCUCGCUCGCGUUCUUCUUCGCGUCAUCGACAUCGUCGAGAUCAUUCUCGCUCUCGUUCGCGUGAUUCUGACUACCGUCGUCGUCGUCGUCACCACAGUCGUUCGAGCUCGAGCUCUUCUGAUGAUGACCAUCACCGCCGCCGUCGCCACCAUCGAGGUCAUUCAAGGUCAAGGUCAUCCAGCCGCCAUCGACACUAG